AUGUCCGCCGAUCCCGAGCAGAACCCCUCCCCCACCGAAUUGGCCGCCCGCGAGCAGGAGGAGAAGGAGCGCAAGGCCCAAGAAGUCGCCGAGCAGGCCGCGCUGCCGUACAAAUGGACGCAGACCAUCCGUGACGUGGACGUGACCGCGCCCAUCGCGGCCGCCAUUAAGGGCCGCGACAUGGAUGUGGUGUUGACCAAGACCAAGAUCCGCGUCGCCAUCAAGGGACAACCGCCCCUCAUCGAGGGCGACUUCCCGCACCCUAUCAUCGUCGACGAAUCCUCCUGGACCCUCGAAACUACCCCGACCCCGCCCGGAAAGGAAAUCAGCAUCCACCUCGACAAGGUCAACAAGGUGGAAUGGUGGCCGCAUGUUGUUACUACUGCUCCCAAGAUCGACAUUACGAAGAUCACGCCUGAAAACUCCAGCUUGGGCGAUCUGGAUGGCGAGACACGCGCCAUGGUCGAGAAAAUGAUGUACGAUCAGCGGCAGAAGGAGACCGGUGGCAUGUCUAGUGAUGAGCAACGCAAGAUGGAUCUGCUAAAGAAGUUCCAGGCGGAGCAUCCUGAGAUGGAUUUCUCCAAUGCACAGAUUGGCUGA